AUGAUUGCUGCUAAGAAGAUUAAUUCCGUUUACAACAAGGUUGUGGCCCCAGAGUCUCAAACCAAGAAGGUCAAGGCUCAACAAAAGACCGCUGAGCAAGUUGCUGCCGAAAGAGCUGCUCGUAAGGCUUCCAACAAGGAAAAGAGAGCUGCUAUCUUGGAAAGAAACGCUGCUUAUCAAAAGGAAUACGAAACCGCUCAAAGAGCUGUUAUCGACGCCAAGAGAGAAGCUAAGGCUUCCGGUUCUUACUACGUUGAAGCUCAACCAAAGUUGGUCUUCAUCGUAAGAAUCAAGGGUAUCAGCAAGAUCCCACCAAAGCCAAGAAAGGUUUUGCAAUUGUUGAGAUUGACUCAAAUUAACUCUGGUGUUUUCGUCAAGGUCACCAAGGCUACUUCCGAGUUGAUCAAGUUGGUUGAGCCAUACGUCGCUUACGGUUACCCAUCCUACUCUACUGUCAGACAAUUGAUCUACAAGAGAGGUUACGGUAAGAUCAACAAGCAAAGAAUUCCUUUGUCCGAAAACGCUAUCAUUGAAGCUAACUUGGGUAAGUACGGUUUGAUUUCCAUUGAUGACUUGAUCCACGAAAUCAUUACUGUUGGUCCAAACUUCAAGCAAGCUAACAACUUCCUAUGGCCAUUCAAGUUGUCCAACCCAUCUGGUGGUUGGGGUGUCCCAAGAAAGUUCAAGCACUUUAUUCAAGGUGGUGCUUUCGGUAACCGUGAAGAAUUCAUUAACCAAUUGGUUAAGGCUAUGAACUGA